CUCUAACCCAGCCGAGUGAGUGAGUGAGAGAGCUUCUUUCACUCACCCAAAAGAAAACAAAAACAAAAAAUGGCGUCCAUAUUCCUCCUCCUAAUCCUCCUCUCCCUCCCUGCCCUCUUCCUCUUCCUCCUCCUCAACCGCCGCAGCCAGCCCAAGUACCGCCUCCCGCCGGGCCCAAAACCCUUGCCCAUCAUCGGCAACCUCCACAUGCUCGACACCUCCCAGCCCCAGCGCCAGUUCUACGACCUCGCCAAGCAGUACGGCCCCCUCAUCUCCCUCCGCCUAGGCUUCGUCCAGGGCCUCGUCGUCUCCUCCGCCAAGAUGGCCAAGGAAGUCAUGAAGUACCACGACCUCGAGUUCUGCAGCCGCCCCAACCUCCUCGGCCAGCGCAAGCUCUCCUACGACGGCUUCGAUGUCGUCUUCGCCCCCUACAACGACUACUGGCGCGAGAUGCGCAAGAUCUGCACCCUCCACCUCUUCAACUUCCGCCGCGUCCAGACCUUUCGCCCUGUUAGGGAGGAAGAAGUGACGCGGCUCAUGAAAAAGGUGACGGGCAACGUGGAGAGCGGGAAGCCGGUGGAUAUAAACGACAUGAUGAUGUCGCUGACGAUCUCGAUCAUCUGCCGGGUAUCCCUGGGGAAGAAGUACGACGACGACGCCAAGGAGAGGCAGCACUUCAUAAACAUGCUGAUGGAGUCGCAGGCCAUGUUCGGCAACUUCUUCUACGGCGACUACUUCCCCGGGAUGCGGUGGUUGGACAAGCUCAACGGCAUGGUGGACAGGCUGGACAGGAACUUCAGGGACCUCGACACCUUCUACCAGGAAGUCAUCGACCAGCACCGCGACCCGAACCGGCCCAAACCCGAGACAGAAGACAUCAUCGACGUCCUCCUCAGGAUCAAGGAAGGGAGGGAGUCCUCCAUUGACCUCAAUUGGGACCACAUCAAGGGCGUUCUCAUGAACGUGUUCAUCGCGGGGACGGAGACAAGUGCGGCGACGGUGAUAUGGGCCAUGAGCUUCCUCAUCACCAACCCACCAGCACUGAAACGGGCCCAGGAGGAAAUCCGCGCCCAUGUAGGAAACAAGGGGUUCGUCGACGAGGACGACGUGCAGGAGCUCGCUUACCUGAAGGCAAUCGUGAAGGAGACAUUCCGGCUGCAGCCGGCGGUGCCGCUGCUGGUCCCGAGGGAGACGGUGCAGGACUCUCACAUCGGCGGCUACGACAUCCCAGCGAAGACCGUGGUGUUCGUCAACGCGUGGGCCAUCGGGCGGGACCCGGAGGCGUGGGACCGGCCCCACGAUUUCUACCCGGAGAGGUUUCUGGGCAGCGACGUGGACUUCAAGGGGAUGGACUAUGAGCUCGUCCCGUUCGGGGCGGGUCGACGGGGCUGCCCCGGGAUCCACAUGGGCGUUGCCACGGUGGACCUCGCGCUGGCCAAUCUGCUGUACGGGUUCGACUGGGAGCUGCCAGCUGGCACGAAGAGGGAGGACGUGGACUUUGACGUCCUGCCCGGGAUUACCAUGCACAAGAAGAAUCACCUGUGGCUCGUCCCCAAGAUUCCGGCUGCUUAAGGGGGUUCAUUACGUGCAGACGUGGCAAUAUAUAGUUAAAACGUUGUCGUUUGGUAGGAUGGUCAAGACUCGAAAUGACAAUCCUUGUUCUUGUUGUUGGUCUAUUUAUUAUAUGUUUAAGGUUUACUGUUUUUAUUUCAAAAGGUUAAGGUUUAUUGUUGUCUUUUUCUGUUUCUCCCCCUCUUGAAUACAAGGCAAUCAUGGAUACAUAGUCUCCAUUUGCUUUUUGGUUUCAAUAAGAGAUGGGGUCAUGU